GCCUCCUUGAGAGAGAGCAGCGCGGUCCUGGCAGGCUUUUGUCCCGCUUCCUUCGCCGUCUCCCGUGACGUGUGUCAGCCAAUCAAGGGGGCGCAUUUGAAAGCCGGCGGAGGUAAGACGCGGCGGGUUCUCCCCGCUUAAGCAUGGAGGAUGUGGCUGCCAAGUACGUGUCCCAGAAAGUUAGUAAGGCCCGCUGGCGGCCCGUGUCUGCUACUGCCCUGCAGCCUCCCGAGGUCUUCGCUACCGGCUCGUGGGAUAACGAGGAAAAUAAGAUUUCAAUUUGGUCUGUUGGAGACUUCGGAAGUUUGACCCCAAAUGGAGAAUAUAAUGGAGAACCACAUCUGCUAUGUGAUAUUGAACACAGUGGUGAUGUUAUGGAUAUGGAGUUUUUGGAUCAGGAGAGAAUUGUGACUGCUUCAUCCACUGGAAGUGUGACCAUAUUCAGACAUCAUCAAAAUAAUCAGACUCUGUCUUUAAACCAGAAAUGGAAAAAUGCACAUUACUAUGAUGCAUCUGGUGGCAGUGCAUCAUGCACUGGGAUCAUAUGCAACAGUCCUGAAAUCUUUACUGUUGGUGAAGAUGGUAGGAUAAAUGUGUUUGAAGUUGACCAUAAGGAAGCUAAACGUACUAUAGAUAAUGCUGACAGCAGUACACUCCAUGCAGUUACUCAGCUUCGCACAACAGAGAUCCUGACAGUCAAUUCCAUUGGCCAGCUAAAAGUAUGGGAUUUCAGACAGCAAGGAAAUGAGCCUUCACAGAUAUUUUCAUUGACAGGGGAAAGAGUUCCAUUGCACUGUGUGGAUAGGCAUCCUAGUCAGCAGCACAUUGUAGCCACAGGCAGCCAAGAUGGAAUGUUGAGUAUUUGGGAUGUAAGACAAGGUGGCGUGCCAGUUUCCUUGCUAAAUGCUCAUGACGCAGAAUUAUGGGAAGUCCACUUUCAUCCUUCCAAUCCUGAUCAUCUGUUCACUUGUUCAGAAGAUGGAACUCUGUGGCACUGGGAUGUUUCCACUGACAUUUCUGAAAGAAAAUCAUUCCUUCACACAGGUGGGAGAAGUACUACUACAUAUCUGCCUCACAGUGCAGUUAAUCAAUCUGUAACAAGUGCCUGGCUGAGCAAUGAUCCCACUAAAGACCGCAUGGAGAUCACAAAUUUAAUUCCAAAUCCAACAUUAUCUGUGAAUAGUUUAGAUGUUUUAGGAUCAUGUCUUGUAUAUGGAACUGAUGCAGAAUCUAUUUAUGUUAAAAAAAACCUAUUUGCAUAAUUUUAUCUCCACCAAAGCUGAUUCUGAACUUCUAAAUGCUGAAAUACAUACAUUUUCUAGUUGUAAUUAAACUAGGGGAAUAAUUUAUGAUGGCAGAUAAACUACAAUUCACAUUGCAGCCUCGAUUUUUUAACCGUGUUACAUAAAAGAAAAAUAAUUGUCAUUUCUAUCUAGUUCAUGGGUUGCCAACUCUUCUUUGCAAUAAGCUACCUAAAGCUCAAAAAUUUAAAAGGAUAGUUCAGCCACUUUUACAGUUCUCCAGUAAUUAUGAAGAGUAUAUGAUAAUUAAUGUUUAGGUUACUGAUUGUGGCAAUAGGCUAAAUUUCUGAACAAAUGCUUGUUUAGGGGAGACUUACGUUGCAUUUUUAUGUACCAAUUAGGUUACAAUACUUCUAAUCAAAGCUGGGAAAAGUAUAAAUCUUGGCAAAGGAAAACGGAAACAGACUUCAAAAUUUUAAUAGUAAGCCAUGGAAUGGUUUUAAAUAGUAACUUUAAUGUGAGACUGCAUACCUCCAACACUUACUGUAUCUGACAAUAAGUCCAAUAUUUGGUCUGUCAUACAAAUUCCAUUUAGAUUAGCACUGUUACUAUGAAUUUUUACUUGGAAGUAAGUGUGCUAAGGUUCAACAGCCUUAUCAAUUAAAAAACACAACUGCUUGUAAAAUUGUUGAGAAACCACUGGCUGCAUGUAUCAUUUAUGAGAAAACUUUUUUAUUAAACUGUCAAUAGAAGUUGUUUUUCCCCCCUACACCUGAGUGCUUAAACAAUUAUUAUAAAACUUGAACAUAUUUACUGAAUAAUAAAGCUGCCUUGAUAGCUGUAAGCAGGGCUGCCAAGAGAAGGGUCUAUGAGUCCAAGUGAGCCUUUUAAACCAAAGGUGAAUAGUUUGCUCCAACCCCCCUCCAGGUGUAUAGGACCAAGAGCUGUUUGGAGUUUUUGUUUGGCAUAGGUGGGUGGGUAGGCACUGAUGCACUCCAAAGAAGGCUGUCCUGUUACAGAAACCAUGUGAAGGCUAUAUUUUUACCUCCACAAUAAGUUUUCAGUUAGGGUUAAACAGGCCUAUGCCACUUGUGAGUUGUGGCCCGAUCCAAGGUGGGCCACAACAGGAGCACUACCACCAUGCAAAUGCACGGUAAGUUUAAGGAAUGUGUCCCCAACUGCAUGUUUGGGUGAAGAGUGGGUCCUGGAUCUGAAAGGGCUGAAGACUGUUUCCCUGAAGAAUGGGGUGGGGGGGGGAUUUGCCGAUUUGGCAAAGCCGAAGGUAUCAGAAUGCUUUGGCCUGGUUCUGUCCUCUGCUUACUUCCACCAAAUGGGCCCAAUCCGUCGUCCCCCGACAGCCAGAGCAGGCGAGGGAGAAGCGACCCAUGAGUAGAGACCAGCUGUUCCUUGCAGCCACCUAUUGCUCGCCGUCAACCGAGCAACGAAACUACCGGGUAGUUGCAAGAAACAGCUGCCGCAGCCCUCUAGCUCUCUCAGCGACACGUUCAUAUGCAUAUCAUUGCCCAGGCGCUCCGCCCGCCUGAGCAGCCGCUUUCCCUCGA